UUUAUAAAUAAAUAAUAUUGGAUAUAAAAUUAUUAUUAUUAGUGAAUUGAUUUUUAAGAAAUGGACAGUCGAACUCAGCAUUCACCCUCACCUGCUGUCUAUCCACAUAUUUAUGGAAGUCCAACAAACCUUCAAAUGAUUUCUUCCUCAUCGUCAAUUCCAACAAAUAUGUCAGAUGAUGGAAAUCGUACUAUUAUUACGACAAUUGGAACUGACAUCGUUGUUGAACCAAAAUCAGAAGUGGAAGAAAAACCUGCAGUUUAUCAUAUAACUGAAAUAAGUGAUGAUCGUGUUCACUACCCACCGCAUCCAAUGAUUGAUGAUCGACAUUCUCCAAUAUAUUCUCAUCAUCUUUCAGCACCAUAUCACUUUCCCCCUCCACCAACUCACAGAAUAUCUGUCGAUGAUAAACUUUCAAAUCCUCACUACAUCAAUCGACAUCAUCCUUAUUCUGUUGGAAUUUUGGCAUCAUCGUCAGCACAUACAAAUCCUGAAAAUAUACCAACAUCCGUUUCAUAUCAUUACUCGAUGCCUCCACAUUUGACUCAUUUGGAAGCUCCAAUUAAUUCUUUGAAACUCUCAUCACCAUCGCAUUCAAAUUUAUCAUCAUCGACCUCUCCGUCAUGUCCACCAAUGAUGAAUCGCUAUGGAUUAACAUCAACUCCAAAUAUUAAAUAUUGUACAAAUGGAACCAUGCUGGAUUAUGUCGAGAACGAUAAUAUGGUAAUGAGAGAUAACCAUAGUAAUAUGUCAUCGCCAAUACCUUCAAUUUCAGUGCCAAUUUCAUCGGCCGUAAGUUGCAUUACCACAACUUCAAGUUUGAAUUGUGACAUGAAAAUUGGCACAUCCGGCGGAUCUGUCGUGUCAUACAAUAAUAAUAAUGUCGGUGAAAAUGAAUCAAUUAUUUGCAAAAAUACUUCCGGCGCAUCCUCAUCAUCGUCGUCUUCAAAUGUUGAUCAUCAGUUGAGCAGUACAACUUCAGAACCAACAGUGAAAAAGACGGGUGGAAGAAAACCAGAAAAGCCGGCGAUGAGCUAUAUAAAUAUGAUUGUGAUGGCAAUAAAGGAUUCACCGCAGAAACGAAGAACUUUAAGUGAAAUUUAUAAAUAUUUACAAUCAAAAUACUCAUUUUUCAACGGUGAAUACAAUGGAUGGAAAAAUUCGGUCAGACAUAACCUCAGUCUUAAUGAAUGUUUUAAAAAGUUACCAAAAGAAUGUGGAAAACCAGGAAAAGGACAUUACUGGACAAUUGAUGCUAGUGCUGAAUACAUGUUUGAGGAUGAAGGUAGUUUACGUCGACGACCAAGAGGAUUUAGAAGGAAGCAACAAAUGAAAAGUUUCUCAAAUUCUUCAUCUUUCUACCCACCAUCAAGUUACGAUUCAGCGCAAUUAAAUGUUGCUGAUAUUCCAAAUUGCUACCCAUCGUCAUAUCCAAGCUAUUCACAUGAGUAUUCAGCUGGAAGUGUGCAGUCAGCUCCACCAUCAUUCUCAGAAGCUCCAUGGCAAUAUCAGUCAUCAGAAUAUGUUCGGAAUCCCUCACCACCUCAAAGUAAUGUUCUUGAGUAUGCCAACAGCUAUCAAACCUAUCAAGCAUAUGAAAAUGGAGGCUUAAAAAUGAGUCAGAUGACACAACAGCAUCCUCAGCAACAAAACAUGAUUUCAAGUGCCAGUCCCACAAAUACAACCGUGUUGAUGUCAAAUGACUGCAAAUCAUCAAUAGCACAUCAUACAAAUUCAAGUCCAUAUCCGCAUGUUGUUACUCCUCCGCCAUCCAAUAGCACUUCAAACUAUUAUAGUGAACAUACAAAAUAUUCAAACUGACUGACUUGAUGAAAUGAUGAAGGCAAGACGAAAUAUAUUUUUUUGUCUCAGUGGAAAAAAAAAGAGUGAGGAGGAAUUAUCCUCAUAAUGAUCAUCAAUAUGCUUCCAAAGAAUAUAAAAAUUUAAUAUUAUUGUAGAGAAAACAGUUGAAAACUGACGUUAACCUUAAGAUGGAUAGUCUGUUUUAUCAUAAUUUUUUAAAACAUGUGAGCGCGCUCAUGGGGGCUGUUCACUUGUUACGUAACUCUCUUCCUCCUGUGUCUCAAAAUAGUAAUGUAGAUAAUUUUCUUUUGUUUGAGGCAUUUAGGGGUAAAUGACAUGACUUUAGACACACUCCAAGUCAAGAAUCCGACUUAAAAUGAUCAUAAAUGAUCCAAAUCCAAAGCUAAUCUAUCAGUGAUUGAGAAAAAAUAGGAGAACUGUCUUUAAAUAUCCCUAUAAUCCCAUCUUUGUCUACGUAUCUGCUAGAUCAUUACUCCCUCCGUAUGUCCAUAUCCCCCCUCAAAUUGCGACCGUAAUAAGUGAAUGACCCCCAUAGAGUUAUAAAAGAAAGAAAAAAAUAUUUAAGGAAAUUUCAUUGAAAGAAAAGAAUGAAAAAUCUCACAAUCAUCAUUUUCACGAGAUUUUCUCUCUAUCUCCAUUCUUUUCUCAUUCGAAAGAAAAACCAUAAAUUAAAAUAAAGAAUCGUAAAAUUAGUAGAAUAUGAUGGUAAUAA